AUGAGCACCUACACCGUGACACUGCCCGGCCCUGGGCCCUGGGGCUUCAGGCUGCAGGGGGGGAAGGACUUCAACAUGCCGCUGACCAUCUCCAGAAUCACUCUGGGCAGCAAAGCGGGGGGUAGCCUGGUCCAGGGUGAUGUCAUCGUUGCCAUAGACGGCGUCGGCACUGACGGGAUGACUCACCUGGAGGCCCAGAACAAGAUAAAAAUGGCUAACUACAGCCUGGCGCUCACCAUGACCAAGUCCAAGCGUUCCGCUCAGAUGCAGACACCGAGAAUCGACGCCUUUAUCCCUCACCAACAGGUAACUUUACCCAUAAUGCAUUCUCCUGCCAACAACAGCGCCGGCUUCAACCCCGCCGCCCCCCCGCCGCCCCCCACCAAUAAGCACAUAGAGGUGAACGCCCCUGGUGGCAGGGGCAACAUCAUCCACGCCCAGUACAACACGCCCAUCGGCAUGUACUCGCAGGACGCCAUCAUGGACGUCAUCCAGGGGCAGACGCAGGGGAAGGGGCACGACGGCGGCCCUACUGAGCAUGCUCCAGCUUCUGCCGACUCCGCCCCUGCCACUCCGCAGCCUCUGAACCCAGCUUCACCUGGCCCUGACCCUUACAGCCUGAAGCGACAGUCUGCCGCUGGUUACAGCCUCCAGCACAGAGUUGCAGUCUCCAGCCAAUAUGGUCAGCCUCCUGCCAUGCACCAUGCUCCACAAGCCCCGCCUCCGCAGCAGUACCAGCAAAUCCCACAGCAGUAUCAGCAGCAAAUCCCGCCGCAAUAUCAGCAGCCAAUACCACCGCAGUAUCAGCAGCCAAUCCCGCAGCAGUAUCAGCAGCCAAUCCCACAGCAGUACCAGCAGCCCCCCACGCAACAGGCCCCGCCCACUCAGCAGAGCUCCAUUCAGAUCCCUCUUAGCUCCGCCCCACCCAAGGUGUUCAGCACCGCUUGCAUCUACCCGUCGCAGCCAGGUGAGAACCCCUCUCCACCUCCUGCUCCUGCUCCACUUCAGCCCCACCCUCCAGCUGCUGCCCCAUCUCCUGCUCCAGCAGGCCCCGACUCCUCUAACCGACCCCCCUGGGUGUCCGACACCAACUUUGCCGACAAGUUCGACCCGAGUAAGAUGACCACCACCACCAUGAAGAUGCAGCCGCUGCCCCAGGGCGCCCCUCCUCCUCCAGCAUACAUCCCCAACCCCUCUCCCUCUGCACAUGCAGCACCUAGCCCUGCCCCCAUCACACCAAGCCCCGCCCCGUUCGCACCUGUGGCGCGGGGUGUGGCCCAAAGGGCGGAGAGGUUCGCUGCCAGCAGCCGCACGGCUCUGUGUGGGUCCUGUAACAGUGUCAUCAGGGGUCCCUUCCUGGUGGCCCUCGGCCGGUCCUGGCACCCUGAGGAGUUCCACUGUCACUACUGCCACAUGUCUCUGGCUGACGUUAGCUUUGUGGAGGAGCAAAACAACGUUUACUGCGAGAACUGCUACGAAGAGUUCUUCGCUCCGACCUGUGCCCGCUGCAACACCAAGAUCAUGGGGGAAGUGAUGCACGCCCUGCGACAGACGUGGCACACCACCUGCUUUGUGUGCGCGGCCUGCGGCAAACCCUUUGGAAACAGCCUCUUCCACAUGGAGGACGGAGAGCCGUACUGCGAGAAAGAUUAUAUAUCCCUCUUCAGCACUAAGUGUCAUGGCUGUGACUUCCCUGUUGAAGCGGGUGAUAAGUUCAUUGAGGCUCUGGGCCACACCUGGCACGACACCUGCUUCGUCUGUGCGGUUUGCAAUGUGAACCUUGAGGGCCAGCCUUUCUACUCCAAGAAAGACAAACCUCUGUGCAAGAAGCACGCUCACGCCAUCAACGUGUAGACCAACCAGCUGCAGCGCUGCCGGCCAUGGAAAACAAACCCAAGUUGACGACAAUAACUUUUGCAAUAUGUGUGUGUAAAUGCUCUUUAUGCAAAAUACAUUUUGGUUUUUCUUUUUUUUUUUGCAUUAAUAUUAAUGAUUAAAACGACUCUGCCUGAUGAUCCCGCUUCAAAACAGAAACAAGUCAUGAUGUUGUUGUAUCUGUUGGCCAUCAACCCACUUUAUUAUGUUCUUUUAAUUUUCUUUUGUUUUCUAACAGAAAACUACUUGUGUGUUCGAUGUGACCGCUGAACUUUUUCGGCUCAGAAAGAGUCUUGAGUGUGCCAAAUUAAAUUACUUUUAUAAAUUCUCAUCACUUAAUGAGCUGUAAAAUAAAUAAAUAUGUAUAACUAUAUUGUUAAAAUAAAAUUAUUUUGAAUAAAGAUAUUAUUACAUGAAAUGUUAAUGAAACAGUUUUUGAUAAUUUAAUAAUUUGUAGCUCGCAUUGCAUCUCAUUUGUAUGUUGCGUUGGACAAAAGCGGCAAAUAAAUAACUGUAAGUCUACAUCUUAAUAAUGAACCUUAAAUUGUG